AUGAGUUGCCAACCUUUUACUUCAGCUGACACCUUUAUACCUCUGAAUUCUGAUUCUUCUGCAACGCUGCCUCUGAUGAUGCAUCACAGUGCUGCCGAGUGUCUACCAGUCUCCAAUCACGCCACCAACGUGAUGUCUACAGUUCCGUCUAUUUUGUCUUUGAUCCAAACUCCUAAAUGUUUGCGCAUACAUUUCUUGGUGACAACUUUGGGAAACACAGCAACAGGACUUCACUAUUCUGUUCCUUCCUGUCAUUAUGGAAACCAGGCAUCAACCUAUGGAGUGAUGGCAGGUAGCCUAACUCCUUGCCUUUAUAAGUUUCCUGAUCAUACUUUGAGUCAUGGAUUUCCCCCCAUGCACCAGCCUCUCCUGGCAGAGGACCCCACGGCCGCUGAUUUCAAGCAGGAACUCAGACGAAAAAGUAAAUUGGUUGAAGAGCCAGUAGACAUGGAUUCUCCAGAAAUCCGAGAACUUGAAAAGUUUGCCAAUGAAUUUAAAGUGAGAAGAAUUAAGUUAGGAUACACCCAAACAAACGUUGGGGAAGCUCUGGCAGCUGUGCAUGGCUCUGAAUUCAGUCAAACGACUAUCUGCCGAUUUGAAAACCUGCAGCUCAGCUUUAAAAACGCAUGCAAACUAAAAGCAAUAUUAUCCAAAUGGUUAGAGGAAGCUGAGCAAGUAGGAGCAUUAUACAAUGAAAAAGUGGGAGCAAAUGAAAGGAAAAGGAAGCGGAGAACAACCAUAAGUAUUGCUGCUAAAGAUGCUCUGGAGAGACACUUCGGAGAACAGAACAAGCCUUCUUCUCAAGAGAUCAUGCGGAUGGCAGAAGAGCUGAAUCUUGAGAAAGAAGUAGUAAGAGUUUGGUUUUGCAACCGAAGGCAGAGAGAAAAACGGGUGAAAACAAGUCUGAAUCAGAGCUUAUUUACUAUUUCUAAGGAGCACCUUGAGUGCAGAUAAGAUUUCCUAUUGUGUAAUAGCCUUUUUUUCCCCCCUGAUAUUCAUUCCUCUCUCUUCCCCAACAAAAAUAGAAAUCCAUUAUUUGAUCGGCUUCAAAAAUUGUAGUGGCCUUUUGCGGUAGCUUUUCCUUGUGCUUUAAAUUAUAUUGAUGAAUGAGUCUUGAAAAUAUUCUAAGAAGCCACAUUAUGUAUGUUAAGCCAAAGAUACUAAUAGGAAUAAAACAAUGUCUCUCUUUCUCCACCCACCUACACACACGAACAUGUACAUGAAUCACGUCAGAGUUCAAGAGUUUCUCCAGGGAAGAUGCACUUAGACAAUUCAUCAGCCGCUGUCCUGCUUGCCAUCAACUCUAACAGCUUCUUAGAACUAGCUAUGUUUGGAAUUUCAGAGCCAGAGGUGCCUGAAAAUUUAUUGAAUUUAGGAAUAAACCCCAAUCGGAAUAGGCUUCUUUGAAGCCAAUAUUUAGGGCAUACAACCCAAAGAAGUGUUUUCAAAGAGAUUUAUAGAAAUAUUAAUUUAUGAACUUUUUAUUCUUCCCAGACAUUAGAUCUGCUGGUGUUUAGCUAUAGAAAAUAUGCUGUGUGGAUUCAUGGGAGCCAAACCAUUAGUCUUUGAACUGAAAUAUGGCAGGCACUAUGCCUGGCUCGUUUGUUGUUGUUUGUUCAGUGCCUGGGAAGCUGUUUGCUAAGAGUAGAUACACAAUAUCUGUUAAGUGAAUAAAUGGGUGUACUGUUAACAGGGUCAACAAACUUGAAGGGUACCUAAUUUAAUAGUGUUAUCUACUUUUUGAUAUGACACAAUACAGAAAACCUUCAGUGGGAUUCUGUCACAGUUGUAACUUUUGCCUUAAUUAGUUAGAAUCUGAUUUAUUAAUAAAUAAGUUUGCUAUACUAUUAAGAUUUUCAGU